GCAUGUCGGCAGGGCUCCUGGCCGAAAACAGCAAAAUCCAAGAAUUAACCCCAAAAAACAGCAGUGCCGUACCAACUAAUCGACAACCCCACUGCCCCACACGAUGGGAAAACGAACUAAGAAACUAAAGGCCCACUCAGACGAGGGCACAAGAAGAAUAGGGGACAUAUUUCUGGCGCGGCCUAAAAUCAAAAUGGCGGCGACGCCUGAAUCCCUAGGCCACUCCUCGGAAGAGGAUCCACUGGAUUCCCCGGACGCCAUCCCCGAAGCAGAUGACCCAUUCUCGGCCAUACAAGUAGGUGACCUCGGGGCCCCAGCAACUAAGGGAGACAUUCUGGGCCUCCUGAAACACCUGCGCACCUGGUUCCGUACGGAUAUAGCACUGCUUCGCGAGGAGGUCAUGGCCGUAACAGACAGGGUGAAAGCCACGGAGGAGGAUAUCUCCUCCAUAGCACAGCGACAAACAAGUGCAACAGAGCAAAUACGACAACUCCAGGGCUCACACCAGGCCUUACAGGCCAGAGUGGACGCAAUGGACGAUGCCAGGAGACGUGCCAACGUCAAAGUCAGAGGCAUUGCAGAAACAGUUAAUGAAAGAGAGCUGCCCCACUUUAUCCGGCGCCUUAUAUCUGAGAUUAUGCAACCUAAGCAGGCGAAGACCCUACAAGUGGACGGAAUACACAGAUGGAGUCCCCCAGGGCACCAGCGGACGCACCCCGUGAUGUCCUUCUCCGUUUCCAGACCACCCGAGAUAAACAGGCCGUAA